UUCCAAACACCUCCUCGGAAACCCAACAGAGAGAGAGAGAGGAUGAAGCUGCAGAUAUCGCCGAGCUUGAGGCAAGUGACGGUGGUGACGGGGAAAGGGGUGAGGGAGUUCAUAAAAGUGAAGGUUGGGUCGAGGAAGUUUUCGUAUCAGAUGAUGUUUUACUCCCUCCUCUUCUUCACUUUCCUUCUCCGCUUCGUCUUCGUCCUCUCCUCCGUUGACUCCAUCGACGCCGAUCCCUCCCCUUGCUCCUCCCUCGCCUGCUUGGGUAAACGACUAAGACCAAAGCUCUUAGGACGAAGAGUGGAACCAAGUAAUGUUCCAGAAGUUAUGUACCAUGUAUUGGAAGAACCUUUAAGCCAAGAAGAACUCAAAGGAAGAUCUGACGUUCCUCAGACACUUGAAGAUUUCAUGUCCCAAGUCAAACGAACCAAAUCAGAUGCAAGAGAAUUCGCUCUUAAGCUCAGAGAAAUGGUGACUCUAAUGGAGCAGAGGACAAGAACGGCCAAAAUCCAAGAGUACUUGUACCGACACGUGGCAUCGAGCAGCAUACCGAAGCAGCUACACUGCCUGGCCCUGAGACUGGCUAACGAGCACUCGGUCAAUGCCGCCGCCCGGCUCCAGCUUCCGGCCGCCGAGCUCGUCCCGGCCCUUGUGGACAACAACUACUUCCACUUUGUCUUGGCCUCGGACAAUAUCCUCGCAGCUUCUGUCGUGGCCAAGUCCCUGGUUACAAACUCUCUAAGACCACACGAGAUAGUUCUCCACAUAAUCACUGACAAGAAAACCUAUUUCCCGAUGCAAGCUUGGUUCUCAUUGCAUCCUUUGUCGCCCGCCAUUGUUGAGGUCAAGGCCUUGCACCAUUUCGAUUGGAUCUCGAAGGGGAAGGUUCCUGUUCUCGAAGCCAUGGAGAAGGACCAGCGGGUGAGGUCGCAGUUCCGAGGCGGCUCUUCUGCUAUCGUGGCCAACAAUAGCGAGAACCCGGUCGUCGUUGCCGCCAAGUUGCAGGCUCUUAGCCCUAAAUACAACUCCAUGAUGAAUCACAUCCGUAUCCAUCUACCCGAGUUGUUUCCGAGCCUGAACAAGGUUGUGUUCUUGGACGACGACAUCGUGGUACAGACCGAUCUUUCGCCUCUUUGGGACAUAGACAUGAACGGAAAUGUGAAUGGGGCUGUGGAGACAUGCAGAGGAGAAGACAGGUUUGUGAUGUCGAAGAAGUUCAAGAGUUACCUGAACUUCUCGCACCCAAAAAUCUCCCGAAACUUCAGCCCCGAGGAAUGCGCGUGGGCUUACGGGAUGAACAUAUUCGACCUUGAGGCUUGGAGGAAAACCAACGUCACCUCGACUUACUACCGCUGGCUUGAAGAGAACAUAAAAUCAGACCUGAGCUUGUGGCAGCUAGGAACACUGCCUCCGGGUUUGAUAGCUUUCCACGGCCAUGUCCAACCGAUCGAUCCAUUCUGGCACAUGCUGGGUCUCGGGUACCAAGAAAACACGAGCUUCUCCGAUGCUGAAAGCGCAGCCGUCAUCCAUUUUAAUGGAAGAGCUAAGCCAUGGCUUGACAUUGCUUUCCCUCAUCUCCGUCCUCUGUGGGCUAAGUACGUUGAUUCUUCCGACAGGUUCAUCAAGAGCUGCCACAUCAAAGCGUCAUAAUAACCCACAUCCCAAAUCUAUACCUAUUUGUACAUGAACAUGAGCCAUAUCCAAACCUGGAGAAGAGAUAUUUACACAGACCAAACACACAACAAAGGUGUCAGAUUUUCUGCAGAGUAGUUCUACUUCCCUGGUCAAAGAUUUCCUCUUCCAGUUCAUCUUUUGCUUCUCUGUCUCUCCUGUUGCUAGAUUUCGUAUUACUGGAUUCUUUCAUGGCGAGGAAGUAGAACUUAGGGUUCCAGCCGCCUGGUUGUACCUAUCUAUGCAUAUAUUGUUUGCAUAUA